CUGGGACUGUCACUUGGCUGCCGGCGUCGGGCCACGCCGGUGACGGCCGGAGCGCGCCGGGUCUGGGCGGGUUGUGCAGGAGAGUCUGGAGCCCCAAGGUGCGGGCGGCGAGGACGCGGGGGCGGAGACGCCCACGGCCUGCUCCCGGCCUCGGUUUCCCCGGGAGCGGCGUGGGCGUUCCCCGAGCCACGUGCUCUGCGGCCUCCAAGCCGCCCAGACGCAGCGCCCUUGACGGACGGGGAGACUGAGGCCCGGCGCGGAGGUGCCCGCUCUUUCCUGUAGGUUCCGAUGGCGGUAGCGGCGCAGACAGACCCAGUGCAGUAUCCAGCCGUUUGCUGAGUGGAGGGCAGACGCAGAGGGGAGUGGCGGUGUGCAGGCAGGAGGCUACUGCCACAGCCCGGGCAGUGGAGAUGGGAAAAGCCGUUGGAAUCUGGACAGGUCUCUUGGUGCAUCAAGUUUGGGGUGGCCUGAUGGCCUUUGAGGACGUGGCUGUGUACUUUUCCCGGGAGGAGUGGGGGCUCCUGGAUGCAGCCCAGAGGGCCUUGUACCGCCGUGUGAUGCUGGAGAACUUCGCACUCCUGGCCUCGCUGGGACUGUCUGUCUCACGACCCCAUGUGGUCAUCCAGCUCGAGCGUGGUGAGGAGCCCUGGGUUCUCAGUGCGACAGAUGUGACCCUGGCCAGGAGCGCCCAGAGGAGGCCCAGUCCUGGUUCCCAUCAUCUGGUAGAGAACAGAGGUGAUUCUGGAGAAGCAGCAUUGUCAGCGGCCUUCCAGGAUGGCCCCCCUCUGGCGCCAACUAGGGUCCUCCCCACAGCUGGUGCCUGCGAGCAGGGAAAAAGCCUGGCGGGUCUGCACUGCACCUCCCUGUCUCGGGAGAGGAAACCCACGGGGGUGUCUGUGAUCUACUGGGAAAGGCUCCGGCUAGGCCCUGGCAGCAGCGAGGCCAGUGUAAGCCUGCGGCUGACCCCUUCUCUGCGGGCCCCAUCCAGGGAGAAGGCCUUUGCAGAUCACCCCACGCCAGACAAGCUGCCAAGGGUGUCCGAGCGGCAGAAGCCGUUUGCACAGGAGACCACUGGGAGAGCCUGCCCAACUGUCCCAGAUGCCCCAGGGGGACAAGGAAUGGGUGUGGCCUGGCCGGAGCCCCGGAGACUGCCCACCGGCCCUGAGCCCAAGACCUGGGCGGAACUGGGCGAGGCUCUGCACGCUAGCCCCGGCCUGCUCCCCGGGGAGAAGCCCUUCGAGUGCCGUGCAUGCAGCAAGGUGUUCGUGAAGAGCUCGGACCUCCUGAAGCACCUGCGCACUCACACCGGGGAGCGGCCCUAUGAGUGCGCACAGUGCGGCAAGGCCUUCAGCCAGACAUCACACCUGACGCAGCAUCAGCGCAUCCACAGCGGUGAGACUCCCUACACCUGCCCAGCCUGCGGCCAGGCCUUCCGGCACAGCUCCUCGCUGGUACGGCACCAGCGCAUCCACACGGCGGAGAAGGCCUUCCGAUGCGCUGAGUGCGGUAAGGCCUUCAGCCAUCGCUCCAACCUCAGCCAGCACCGCAAGAUCCACGCAGGGGGCCGGCCCUACGCCUGCGCACGUUGCGGCCGCAGCUUCUGCCGCAACUCACACCUGAUCCAGCACGAGCGCACGCACACCGGCGAGAAGCCCUUCGCCUGCGCGCUCUGCGGCGCUGCCUUCAGCCAGGGCUCCUCGCUCUUCAAGCACCGGCGCGUGCACACCGGCGAGAAGCCCUUCGCCUGCGCACAGUGUGGCCGCGCCUUCAGUCACAGCUCCAACCUCAGGCAGCACAGGCUGCUGCACACGGGUGAACGGCCCUUCCGCUGCACAGACUGUGGCAAGGCUUUUGCCAAGGGCGCUGUGCUGCUCAGCCACCGGCGCAUCCACACGGGCGAGAAGCCCUUCGUGUGCGCACAGUGCGGCCGUGCCUUCCGCGAGCGCCCAGCCCUCUUCCACCACCAGAGGCUCCACACUGGCGAGAAGCCUGUGCGGAGGCCGAGGGCCAGCCCACGCUCCCUGGCCAGACCUCCUUCGGGAGCUCCUUCAGAGGGCGCAAUGGGGAGGGAAGCUGGGCCUACUGCUGCCUCGGGCCCAGCCACGUUUCCAAAGACGGCUGAGGCUUGAGGCCGCCACCCCGACCUUUCCCAGCCUAUCCUGAGCCCUUUGCAUGUCUCCAGGGCCCUGUCCCCUGCAAAUCCAUGGUUUGGAGAAGCCCUUCACAUGCACUGUGGUUCUACCCGCAUGUGGUGGCUAGAUUUGCCACUUGUUAGCCACCGCUCACUCCUCCAUCCCCAAGAGGUCACACUGCAGAAAGGUUGGGGGGUAGACAUGGAGGCUCGGACCUGGCGGGACUAGUGGGCGGGCAGCAUGGCAGUGCCAGUUCUCAUGUUAUCAUGACUGUGGACACCAAGGGGGAGGGAGGCGGUGAGACGGAGGUGGUCUUGAGACAAACCCAACAGUUUAUGUGUAAACCCCCGACCCCCACCUCGCAAGCCUCGGUUUAUCCAAGGUUUCCUGGAAGCAGGCCCAGUGGACAGGAGGCUAUGUGGGGUUGGCUGCUGGCUUUGGACGGGUGGCUGGGCUCUGAGCUUCAGCUUCCUCCUUGGGAAGAGAGUACAGAUUUACAGGCCUGCAGAGGAUGUCUGAAGCUCCCUGACAGGCAGGAUCUUGAGAAGGGCCAGUAUGUGUCAACUGCCAGCCCCUGUUCUGAAGCUAGGAGAUUUCUCUUAAUGGCCCUGUGAGGUGGCUGCUGUGGCUGUCUCCCUGCUUCUCAGAUGGGGAAACAGGCACAGAGAGGGGCACGAAUUGCACACAGCAGAGCCACUGGCCCAGGGUCCAGACUAAUGACUGCCCCCGCACACCUGCCAGCUGUGAGGGCCGGGUGGAGCCUGGCCUGGCUCCCUGUGCAAGGCAAGCUCAGGAGGUGGAAGAGGUGGAGGUGGGAGGUCAGGGCGGAGAGAAGGAGACACAGAUAGUGAUGGCUCCGCAGCUCUGCCUGUUCAUUCACGUUGCGGUCCUGUUACUAAAGUCAGUGGUACAGUAUCCUUCCCGCUGCCCUGAUGAGGACUGAGCACAGCAGCAGGUUCAAAGGAGACGAGGCGGGGCUGCUUCGAUCUGUGGAGUCCAGUGGCCACGUGCCCAUCUGUUCUUUAGGACUUGCCAUUACCUGAGGCUGUGUGGUGCCCCCCAAAUCCCCUCCUCAGUGUGAUACCCCCACAUGGUCUGGGCACUGAGGCAGACAAGUAGGGUGGGGCCUGAUCUGCUUCCUGUGACCUUCAACAAUCCAGAGCCCAUCUUGACCUUGGGCUUCGCGCCCAGGGAGGUUCAUGGUCUUUUUUGCCAGGGGGAGAAAAAGAUUAGAAGUUACAGCUUGGAAUGAAUGUACAUCGUAAAUUCUUGCACAGCACUGUGUAGCUCACAGCCUCAGCCUCCCUUCCCCAGCCGCCAGGUCAUGGUUCAGAGAGGCUCACUAAUAAAGGUUUCUUUUUAAAAACAAUA